UUAGCACCAUCGCUUGACGGAGUUUUUCUGGAGCAGCAUUUGGGACUCUUCGGUUAGUUGAUGAUUAAACUCCGAGCCGACUGGCAGUGCGGCUUGUGCGAAAAAAGGAUUCGGAACAAAAGUAAACAGUUGCCAAACGAGUAAUGUCAUCCUACGAGGAGAUGUCGGCGAAGACGCCACGGCGAUUGUCCCCCAUUUGGUUUCUAGUGAUCACCCUGCUUCUAUUUGCGACCACUCUUACGGCGGUGGCUAUGAUUGAAGCUGGACGGGCCCAGAGCAGCGCCGCCGGAGAAAGCGAUCUCUUGAUCCUCACUCGCAUGUGGAAUCACUUCAAAGCUGGUGCCGAAAACGAUACCGAAAUCGCCACCGUGGAACGCGUCGCAAGGGAAACCGGAAAUGCAACUAAUCCAAAUCAGCCGGAGCAAGGAAGACAAUACGAGGAGCAGCAGGCGGUGGUGGUGAAUGAGGAGAGUAUGGAUCCCGUGAUGGGGCAACGUCAAGAUGCCUACGGACCACCUCAGCGCAGGGAGGACUCCUACGACCAGGAUCCUUACUACGAUGUCGCCGAUGACUAUGGGCCAGGCCGAUAUCCAUAUCCGGAGUCCAAACAGCAAACGGUGGAGGAGGAAAGCUUCUACGAUAAGGAAGAUUCGUCGGCGGAUACGGAUGAGGGAAGGGCGUCGCAGGCUCGUCCCUACGAUUCCUUCUACUCCCCUUGGUCUAGUGGAAGAAAUCCAGCUCCAGUGGCUACUCAUCCCGCAGCGGAGGGCAACAACAGGAAGCUACAGCCAGCCCCCAAUAGAUCACCCCCUUAUCCCGCCUACGAUGAGGUAUAUGAUUAUCCCAUGGGCUUCCAGCCACGUCCACAUGCGGAAACUGCGCUGGCUAAGCAAUCUCAGCCUUCCUCUGAAAAUGCAGUUGUGCAGGUCCAGAGCGAAUCCACUCUGGUCACCGUGCUGAAGAGUCUCAAGCAGAUCUGGGAUCUCUACCAGGCCCUCAUGGGUGCCUGGAACGCAGUGAGCGAGCGCCAUCAGCAGAGUACGGAGAAGUUCCGCCAGGAGCAGGCGGCGAAGCAGGCCGAGAAGGAGCGACUGCGUCAGCAGCAGCAGCAGAAGACGAGGAUUAACUCCAAGAAACCCCCACGGGUGGAGGGAAACAAAAAGAGCCAGAACAAGAGGCCCACUACUACGACGACUACUAAGUCGACAACAACGUCCACGACGACGUCUCCAGCCCCAGAUAGCUCCGAGGAGGAGGUGGAGGAAGUGGAGCAGCCGAAGAAGAAGAUGGAGAAAGUUGCGACAGUAACACCAUCGGCUCCAUCCACCAAAGUCGAGACUAGCAAGGGGGAGAAGGGCAAUCUGAGAUCUGUGCGGGGAUUGCGCCACAGACGCGAUGUUGAGGCCGAGGAGAAAGCUGACUCGGAUGUGGGUGAGGGUCGCUAUAUCAAGGGCGAUCCCCUCAAGGGAUACUACGAUUUCGUCAUCACGGAGGGCUCCUACAAGUUCUGGGCCGUCUUUCAGGUGGGCACAGCACUGCUGAUUAUCUACUCGACGUUCGCUGCCAUUUACUACUCCAAGGUAAAUCCGCUGACCAGCGAUUACGACUAUACGGAUUACCUGGGCGGAGUUCGUUCUCUCUCCGGAGGCGAUGCCGAUUUCGUAGACGACGGCGAUGCAUCGACUCCGCCAGUUUCAAGCACCUCCCGCAUCAUGGAGUGGCUGCCACGGACUGCGCACUCCAUUAAGUUCAUCCUAGAUGCCAUCGACAAGGUGCCACUGGACCUUGACAAGGACAAGGAGCCCGGCUGGCCCACGGGGAAAACGGACACUGCCACGGCCAUGAGAUAAGGAACUGAUACUAUAUGCGAUAUUUGUUAAA